UUGCUGCGCGUAGCUCAUGCACCAGCCACGCACUUCCCAACCUCACCACCGCAGCAUCACCGUGGCCCCCCCUCCUCUCUCCAUCUGGUCACCCCACUCACCCUCUUGUGCAUAUAUAUAUAUCACCAACACCAACCCCAACCCCAACCCCAACUCUCCAAGACCGUCACUUUGGCAUUUUCACAAACACCUAUUGUGUCCUCGUCAAUUCUCUCUCUCUAAUUUGAGCAGAUUAAUGAGAACCCAGGUUGAAGAGAGGUUCUCUGAGUUUUUUGAGAAGUGGGUUUGUCAGCUUGAGCAGCUCCAGCAACAGCUUCUCAAGCUGUCUGAGGAGACACUGCAGAAUGAGGCAGAGCUACAAGCUUUGGUGUCGAAAGUCACCAACCUACACAAGGAAUAUUACACUGUGAAAUGGGCUGCUGCUCGCGAAGAUGUCCUGGCCUUCUUUUGCCCUGUUUGGUCGAGCCCUUUAGAGAAUGCCUAUAAUUGGGUCACUGGUUGGAAGCCUUCAAUGCUGUUUCAGCUCAUUGGGUCGCUGAGGAAGACGAGGCUGGUGAACAUGUCGGAGGAGCAGCUGAAGAAGAUUGAGGAGUUGAGGCUGAAGAUGAGGUAUGAGGAGGAGAAGGUGGAGAGGGAAAUGGAGAGGCAGCAGGUGGCCAUGGCGGACCGCAGGAUGGUCGAGUUGGCCCGGUUGGCGAGCCGGGUGAGGAACGGCGGCGAGGUGGUGGUGGUGGAGGUGGAAGGGUUAGUGGAUGUGGCAUUGAAGGUGAUGUUGAGUGGGUUGGAGAGGGUGAUGAAGGCUGCAGAUUGUGUGAGGCUCAAGACAUUGAAGGGUGUUUUGGAUGUGCUGAGCCCAUUGCAGUGUGUGGAGUUCUUGGCUGCUACUUGCAUGGUUCAGAUUAGGCUAAGGCAAUGGGGGAGGAAAAAAUGUGACCAAAAUGCUCUCCUAAACCGUUAGCUGGUUUUUUGUAUAGGAAUUAGAGAGUGUGGAUCCUAAUUUUACCUUGUUAUGUGUUUUACAAUUUUGAACAGGAAAAUACAUGAUCCACAUUAGGCUUCACCAAAUUGAAAUCAUUUCUUGAAGAGAAAAUGA